CUGCUGAAUCAGAUAAACUUGUCUCACUGUCAGGAGCAAGCAGAGGUGGUAGCUGCUAUGGCGAAAGUAAAGGCAGCAUACGAGAUGGGAGACCACAUGGCCUCUCUGCAAGCUUUCAGGAGAUACACCAGAAAUGGAUUGGAUGCUGCCAUUAGUUUCCAUCCUGUGCACCAGGUCCCCGAGGAGGAGAGGAAAUGGGCAUUUGAACUCAUGAAGACCUGCGUCAAGGAAUAUUAUGUCAGAGGUGGGUGGGGCUGGAAUGACAGGGACAAGUGGCAGGAGCUGACAGACGAGACGUCGUGUUUUCUCCUGGCUCGUGAUGCUGUGUCUGGAUCUCUCCUCGGAUUUGUCAGCUUUCGGUUCGAUCUUGACGAAGGGGUCGAAGUACUUUACUGUUACGAAAUCCACUUGAGUGCUGAGGUCAGGAACAAAGGUUUGGGAAAGUUUCUGAUGCAGAUCCUAGAGCUUAUUGCUCAUAGGACUCAUAUGAGGAAGGUUAUGCUGACUGUCUUCAAAGAAAAUACACUUUCGAGUCGCUUCUUCCGAGAAAAGAUGAAAUACUGUGAAGAUGAGACGUCACCGCUGUACUGUGACCCUCUCCAUGCCGAGGAGUACACCUACUCUAUCUUUAGCAAGACUCUGACAAGACCGGCAGCUAAAACAUCAGCCUCUACUACUCCAGCUGCAGUCCCCACUUCCUCCUCAUCUUCUUUCAGUACAUAACACCUUCAAUAGGAACUCUGACAAUAAUGUGUCUCUCACAGUUUUGGUCGCGACAAUUAAAAACAAUACAACUGAUAAACGACAUAAUUUCCAACGAAAAAAGACUGGCGUGGGUUGAGAGAGGUACACACAUGAAGAGAGGAGGGAGGGGAGUGUGAGGACAAGCGUUGUGGGUGUGACUGAGUGAGUGUUUAUGCACUGAGCCAUCUGAGCGUGGCAGCCUUUGUGAGGAUGGUGGCCACUUGGUCCGAGCCAGCCAAGUCGAGAGCCGUGUCUCCCUCAUCUGUGAGAAGGUCGGGGUCUGCCCCCAUGGACAGGAGGUAUGCAACAACGGCAAUGUUCCCGCGGCCAGCGGCUGUGUGAAGAGCUGUGCACCCGGAGUAGGUGGCCUUGUUCACGUCGACCUGGCACGUCUCUGUGAGGAACUGGACGUCAGUGAGAGAGCAUUUCUCCACUGCCAGGUGGAGAGGGGUCUUUCCACUGUGGAAGUCCUGCACAAACAGAGACAGUGUUGUUGGUAAACAUGUGUAUACAAAACAGGACCUUUUGCAAAGGGGUUUACAUGCAGGCAGGAGGCAGUAGGAAACGCCGUGGGAAAGGCAACUUCCUCUACUCACUAGGGUUAGUCCCAUAAUGAGGUUGUAUGGCCACAACAUAGUAGGCUAUUACUGUCAUCUAUUGAGAGUAAUACCCCUCUUCUCCCCCUAGCUCAUACCUCCACAUUCAUGUCGAUGCCAAUGCUCUUGAGCUUGCGGAGUGCGUCUGUGUUGCCACGCUCCGUUGCCACGUGGAUACAGGUCUGUCCCUGGUGAUUACGAAUGCAGGCGGCCUCCAAGAGUCGGUCCAACGGAACACCUCUCACCAGCUCCUCCAGACACUUGGUGGAGCUGAACCGACAGGCUACGUGCAGCGGCGUGUUUCCCUUGUGGUCGGUGAGCUCGAGCGAAGCUCCCCCAGCCAACAGUUUCUGUAUCAUCUCCACUUGUUGAGUAUGGGUUGCAAUGUGGAGGGCAGUCUAAUAGAGGCUGUUUUGCUCGUCCAGAGCCACUCUCAAUCUGGCGUCAGUGGCUACCAGUGCCAGCAACUGGAUCAGUAUGUCUGGCCGGGAAUGGAUGACUGCCAAAUGAACACCACUGCAAUAGAGAGAGACACACGUCAAGUAUUGCACAUACAAUACACAUAAGAUUCCUGUCUACUUACGUGUCGCCUUCUUUGUUGGGCAAGAGGUAGUGGAGUCGUUGCUGGAGGAGGAUGCGCUCCCACUGGUUCUGCAGGUGAAGUCGCUGUACCUCCUCCUGGGCCUGCUGCGCCGGGACGUGUACCGAGGUGAGAGACGGGGGCCCGAGUCCGCUGCCCGCUCCCGCGUCGCUCGUCGCCUGUCGCGGAGAACUGUACUGCAUAUUGGUUCCAACGCAGGGAGCGAUGGUCUUCCUCGGCCGACGAGGCAAGGGUUUCUCGGCCCGCAACGCGACAGAGAUCCCCGAAGUCUUCCGUGGCGGCUCCACGCUCACCUCGGACGGCGCCAUCUCUACCUGAUCGAGAGCCGAGGUCCGCGUCUCUACGGCCACGUGAUCCGUCUCAACGUCUUCCCCGAGCCCGGAGUCCGUCUGCUCGGGGUUUCUGGUCACCCCCAGGAGUUUCGGUGGAGCCGGCAUCUCUUCUCCCAAACUGCUGUUGGUCGCCAUUGAGCCGAACCCCGAGUCCGGACCGGUUCUCAUCGACUCGUACAUGUCCAUCACCUUCCCCUGCGCCUGCGAGACCCGCUCCAGGUCGCCCUGUCCGAAUAUCGUCCUCAUUCCCAGCUGCCGAGAUCGAGACAUGCUAGUUUCCUUUUUAACUCAAAAACGAAGGUCGCAAACAAACUCACAACUGCAACACUGC